GUGAGAGCUUGGUCUGAGUAGAGGAGGAGAUCUGUGGCACCAUUUGGCGGUCGGCGCGACAGGCUGCUGAUUCCCACUUCCGCUUUUCAGCCUCUUUUCGUGCUUUUCUGCGUGGCCAAGGUGGGGUGAGAGCCCAUGGGAGGACGGCGCGGGCUGCAGUGUCAUCUGCGGGCCGUGUAUUGCUAUGGAGGUCAACUGUCAAAGUAAUUUCAAACUCAGUAAAGGUGAGAAGAAGUCCUUAAGGAAACAAAAUAAAGCCAGGCAUACUUUGCUGAGACACGAAGGUAUUGAGGCGGUGUCCUAUAGCACUCAGAGUCUCGUUGUCGCCAAUGGUGGUUUGGGCAAUGGCGUGAGCAGGAAGCAGCUGCUCCCGGCUUUUGAGAAAUGUGGACUUGUGGAAGCUCUCUUAAUGCCCCCGAACAAGCCUUACUCGUUUGUAAGGUACAAAACCACAGAAGAGUCUCAGAAUGCUUAUGUAUCCCUCAAUGGAAAAGAAAUAGUGGAUGAUUUAGGACAGAAGGUCAUUCUGUACUUGAAUUUUGUGGAAAAAGUGCAGUGGAAGGAGCUGGGGCUUCAAGCCUUACCUCCAGGUCUCACAGUGGUAGAAGAAAUUAUUUCUUCUGAAGAAGAGAAAAUGCUUUUGGAGCUCAUUAAUUGGACAGAAGAUAUAAACAAUCAAAAUUGUCAGAAAUCUUUAAAACACAGACGAGUAAAACAUUUUGGCUAUGAAUUCCACUAUGAGAACAACAAUGUAGAUAAAGACAAGCCAUUACUUGAGGGUCUUCCUGAUAUUUGUGACAGCUUUCUGGAGAAAUGGUUGGCAGAAGGUUACAUUAAACAUAAACCUGACCAGCUGACCAUAAAUCAGUAUGAACCUGGGCAAGGAAUUCCUGCGCAUAUUGACACCCAUUCUGCUUUUGAGGGGGAGAUCGUUUCUCUCAGUUUGGGGUCAGAGGUUGUUAUGGAUUUUAAGCACCCAGAUGGUGUCACAGUGCAAGUUAUGUUGCCCCGUCGGAGUUUGCUAGUGAUGACAGGAGAAUCUAGGUAUCUUUGGACACAUGGAAUCACACCCAGAAAAUUUGACACUGUUCAAGCAUCUGAACAUUACAAAAGUGGGAUUAUUACCAGCGACAUUGGAGAAUUAACUUUAAAGAAGAGGGAAAUACGAACAUCAUUUACAUUUAGGAAAGUGAGGCACACACCUUGUACCUGUAGUUACUCCUUGGUCUGUGACAGCCAGAGGAAAGAGACUCCUCCCUCAUUUCCAGAGAGUGACAGAGAAGCAUCACAGCUGGAGCAAGAACAUGUCCAUCGAGUUUAUGAAGAGAUCGCCGGGCACUUCAGCAGCACGAGACACACUCCUUGGCCGCACAUCGUGGAGUUCUUGAAGGCUCUGCCGGAUGGUUCGAUCGUGGCUGAUGUUGGCUGUGGAAAUGGAAAGUAUCUGGGCGUCAACCACGAGUUAUACAUGAUUGGUUGUGAUCGUAGCAAAAGCCUCGUGGACAUUUGCAGAGAGAGGCGAUUCCAAGCCGUGGUCUGCGAUGCGCUGGCCGUUCCUGUGCGCAGCGGGGCUUGUGACGCCUGCAUCUCCAUUGCUGUUGUCCACCAUUUUGCAACACCGGAGCGCAGAGUGGCAGCUCUCCAAGAAAUAGUUCGUCUCUUGAGACCUGGCGGGAAGGCACUCAUCUAUGUCUGGGCAAUGGAACAGGAACGUAAUAAUCAGAAGUCCAAGUAUCUUAGAAGACACAGAAUUAGCCAAGGAAAGAAAGAAGAGAUAGAGAGCGACAGAGCCACAGAAGGAGUGCUCGAGCAGCUGUCUGACAUGGGCAGUCAGGACGCAGCAUCUUCUGUCGCCUCCAUUGAUGCUGCUCAGGAGAAAGAACCCAGUUCAAAGAAAGUUGCUAAUUCUGAGCUGCCUGUUCAUACCAACAGGACUUCUUUUCAUUCUCAAGAUGUACUGGUUCCCUGGCAUCUUAAGAUAAAGACUAGUAAAGACAAGCCUGCUGAGCCCUUUGGUUCUGUAGGAUCCCACGACCCAAGUCCUGUGUUUCAUCGUUACUACCAUGUGUUCUGUGACGGAGAAUUAGAAGCUACCUGCCAGGCUUUGAGUAACAUCAGCAUUCUGCAAAGCUACUAUGACCAGGGAAACUGGUGUGUUGUUCUUCAGAAGAUCUAAAAAUAGGUCUGAUUAUUUCUACAGGAACAUGUCAUUUGUAGAGAAGAAAUACUCAGCUUUUUUUAAAAAAGGACAGUAAUUAUUCCUUUAAUUGAAGAAAAAAACUUGAGAAAGUACAAAAGGAGAGCUCUAUAGAGCACAUUCAGUCCUGAGAGCUACUUACGACACAUUCAGUUUGCUUCUGUUGAUGGACUUAGUAAACGUAUGCUUCCCCCAUGUACUAGCCAAGGAUGGUGUUUAGAUGUAAUUCAUAUAAUUUGUGAGGUGUUAGGGUCCUGGUGUAAUAGUAUCACAUUUUAUUGACAAUCUUUUGUUAUAAGAUGUUAUUGAAGGACCUUAGUGAAGUACUGCAACAUUUUAAUAAAGAUAAUAGUCUUGAA